ACUCUGCUGGUAGGAUGUGAUGACAUAAUCUUUGCUGCAACUAGAGGGAAACAGUUUCACUACAGCAAUGUUGCAAAGUGUCUUCUGAUAAUGCAGAAUGCCUAGCUAGUGCCAGUCCCAUUGAUGAUUCCAGAGUUCUGUUUCCUGAUGUCUGGGCUGCAGGCCAGGUAACUAUUUCUAAAUAGCAGUGCCAGGCACAGCAUAGGACAUAGCUGCAGAAUCCACUCUGAUUGGCACCACGUUGAAGUUACCACUUCAUUAUUCUGGACAGUUGCUGUAGGCACUGUUGAUGCAAUCCUCGACCAUCAACAUUUUGCUGUAAGAAGGCCAACAGUAUAUGACAUUUAGAAGACUGUCCCUCUUGUUCUGUGGCGGGUAUUUGAAAACAGCGUUGGGCACUGCAAGGACCAAAAGGAUGACGGAACUCCUAAUACAAACAAAAUAUUCAAAUUCGUUUACCAUCAGUACCAUGACGGAUGUGAAGAACAUCAUUAAGAAUGGAGUCGUUAAAGACAGCCUGCGCAAGAAAGAGUUUAAAGAGACUUUUGAAGAUGCACCUAUGUACAUUCUUGUGUUCACAUAUAUUUGUUAUGGAAUUCUCAUCCUAUUUGGCUACUUACGUGACUUUAUGAGAGCAUGGGGACUGGAGAAGUGUCACAUGGCUGACGAAAGGGAGGAACAGAAAGAUUUUGUGCCUCUCUACCAAGAUUUUGAAAAUUUUUACACAAGAAAUAUUUACAGAAGACUUUUAGAUGCCUUUGAACGACCUGUCAGCAGCGUACCAGGAGCGGAAUUGGAUCUAUUGGAGCGAGUGACAGAUGACUACAACUGGACGUUCAGGUACACUGGAAAAGUCAUUAAGAAUGUGAUCAAUAUGGGAUCAUACAACUAUCUUGGCUUUGCAGAAAAUGAUAGAGAGUCAUUGGUGACCAUAGAGGAGAUCUUGCAGGCCUAUGGAGCUGGAAUAUGUAGUAGCAGACAAGAAAUGGGGUAUUUGGUUAAACAUCAAGAGGUGGAGGAUUUGGUGGCAGAGUUUCUUAAUGUAGAAGCAGCAAUGGUGUUUAGCAUGGGCUUUGCCACAAAUUCAACAAAUAUUCCAGCACUGGUGGGCAAGGGAUGUCUUAUUCUAAGUGAUGAGUUAAACCACGCAUCUUUGAUUCUAGGAGCCAGGCUUUCAGGAGCAACUAUUCGAGUUUUCCAGCACAACAAUAUGAAGAACCUAGAAAAGUUACUACGGGAAGCUGUGAUCAGAGGUCAGCCACGCAGCCAUCGAGCUUGGAAGAAAAUCCUUAUCGUUGUUGAAGGAAUUUAUAGUAUGGAGGGAUCUAUUGUCCGCCUUCCAGAGAUUGUGGCACUCAAGAAGAAAUACAAUGCUUACUUAUAUUUGGAUGAAGCACACAGUAUCGGAGCAGUGGGGGCAACAGGAAGAGGGGUGGCAGAAUACUUUGGGACGGACCCUGCAGAUAUUGAUGUAAUGAUGGGAACGUUCACAAAAAGCUUUAGUGCCAGUGGAGGAUAUAUUGCGGGGAAAAGGGAACUUGUGACAUAUCUAAGAACCCAUUCUCAUAGUGCAGUGUAUGCAACAUCUAUGUCUCCUUCAGUAGCGGAACAAAUCCUCAGGAUAAUGAAGUGCAUUAUGGGACGUGAUGGGACUCUAAUUGGACAGAAGAGAGUGAAUCAGUUGGCACACAACACCACAUACUUCAGACGGAGGCUGCGUGAAUUAAAUCUAAUUACCUACGGCAAUGAAGAUUCUCCUGUUGUCCCUGUACUCAUGUACAUGCCAAGCAAAGUAGGGGCCUUUGCGCGACAUAUGCUGAAGAAGAAAAUCGGUGUUGUCAUAGUCGGUUUCCCAGCAACACCCAUAACUGAAGCCAGAGUCAGAUUUUGCAUCUCUGCAGCACAUACAAAGGAAAUGUUAGACAAGGUCUUGGAUGAGCUUGACAAGAUGGGUGACAUCCUAAAUGUGAAGCAUUCAAGGCAGUCAACAGUAAACCGUACAUUGGCUUAUGAAGAAACGGAUAUUGAACUUGAUGAAUGAGAACAUUUGUUUGGCUUUUGAUACAAUCAGUAGUGCUGUAGAUUCUAUACAGUCACAAUUGGUGGGCAUAUAUAAUGUUAUUAUUUAUUGCUUUUUGGGAAAACAACUGCAAAACCACAACGUAGUCCCACAGAUUUUCUGAAUUUCCACACUGAAUGAUUGGUAUUAGCCACAUACUUAUGUUUUUGCUUGAGGAUGAAACGGCUGGAUUUCAGUUGUGUAACCGAAGACCACUACAAGGGUUUUUUUCAGGAACGAGGUUUAGGUUCAUCAUGGGUCUACAUCAAAUCUUCAGGAUUCACAAAGUUCUCAAGGUGUACCACCAGCAGUAAGGAGCAACCUAUAAUGCAGUGCAUAGCUGUUGUCCUUGGUCAGCUGACUCACAAGAGCCAGUAAUUUGAAGGAAUGGAUAACCCAGCCCUCUUUCUAUAAAAAGGGGAGGGAGGGAGAUAUAUAUGACGCCAAUGGCUGUGCCCACCUUUCCAUGGCUAAAACUAAAUAGCAAGUUUCACCCUCACUAACCCCCUUCCCUUUUGACUUCAAAGAGGUUCACUGGAAAGUUUUCAAACUUUGCAAAAUUUGCAAAACUGUUUCUAAACCAAACCCAGGCAGAUUUGCUCAUCCCUAGUUAUUUUAAUCCUAUGCAACUAAGCCAUUUUACGCAAGAUUAACAAUGAGGUUUUCUUAUUUACUUUCUUUCGGUCUGUUAAAUAUACCACAGGAAGUAUUUUAUUAUACCUGUUUAAUAAGUGGAAACGAUAUCUGAUGAGUCUGUCAGGUCUGCAUUGCAGUCCUGUGCACUCUACAGUGUUUUGUCGAUCAAUAUGAUCAGAAAUAAUAUAAGAACUACAAAACACCUCCCCAUGUGCAGCAAGGACAGGGGGUUGUUCUAUAGUUCUAACUGUCAUCCUUUCCAAGGGCAACAAUGCUUCUCCUCCAUAUGUACAGUAUGGUUAGUGGGUGCUGUUUCUCUAGAACAGGACGUAUGUUACCGGCAAGAUCACCAGGUGAAAAUAAAGGAAAAAGCCUGAAACAGAGUAAUAAAUGGAGCCACCACACCAGCCACAAGGACUGAUAAGCUUCAAUAUAUUACAUUUUUGUCCUUAGGUGCUACCAGUCAACUCAAUUGCAACCAAUUGAAACAAUAUGUUGCAAGAUGAAAGCCAGCAAGUGAUUACAUUGUUUACUACUAUGAAAUUAAAAUAAACUAUGUAUUUAAGCUCUUA